AACUACUACAACACAGUACUUUUCCGUAUGUUACGGUUGCGUUGUUUGGUUUAUGGUGUAGUGCUAUACAAAUGCAUAAUAUAACCUAUCUGCGCUUUGCAUAAAUCUAUGGGAACGUAGCCUUGUAAUUGAUGCAGAAUCAAGUGAUGUGGAUUUGAGAAGCGUAUACGAGUAAAAAAAGCAAUAUGCCGGCGGCGCGCGGAGUAAAACGGACGGCGUCCAAAUCUUCGGCCCCUGCAACAACCACAGGACCAAAAAACAAGAAAAAACGUGGAGCGGUACAAUUGGAGAUACCGAGUGCUCCUAAGAAGCGAGGCCGCGUGUACACAUGUGGGCAGGGAGAUGUUGGACAAUUGGGACUCGGAGAAGAUGUUGUGGAGACAACAAAGUUCAAAUAUGUAUCAGCACUUGGUGAUAAAAUAGUUGAUAUCCGAGCAGGAGGGAUGCAUACUGUGGCUAUAGAUACUGAUGGAAAGGUGUGGACAUUCGGAUGUAAUGACGAAGGUGCGUUAGGACGUAUAACAAAGAGUGACAAAGAAGAAGGCACUCCGAAGACAGUGGAAUUACCGGAGAAGGCAGUAGCAAUUUCAGCUGGUGAUUCUCAUACUGCUGCCUUAUUGGAUAAUGGUGAUGUUUACGCCUGGGGAGCUUUCAGAGACUCGCACGGCAGCAUGGGGUUGGUGGUGCGCGGGCGCGAGACGCGCGGCUGCCCCGAGCCCGUGCGCGUGGACGUGGCCGAGAGCGCCGUCGCGCUCGCCUCGGGCGGCGACCACCUCGUCAUACUCUCCUCGUCGGGCGCGGUGUACAGCAUGGGGUGCGGCGAGCAGGGCCAGCUGGGCCGCCUCUCGCAGCGCUCCGCCUCCAGGGACGCGCGGCAGGGCUUCAGUGCAUUAUUGACACCGGCGAAGGUGACAUUAAAAAUGGGUGCAUCUCGUGUAUGGGCGGGAUGUCAUGCCACAUUCGUGUUGGACGCCAAUGGGGACAAAGUAUUUGCAUUUGGGCUAAAUAAUUAUGGACAACUUGGUAUAACAGGCGAGAAACGUAAAACAGCGAUAUUCUCUCCAAUGGAAUGUGAUGCGUUUACUUCCGCAAGCAGCACGUGGUCUGCGGUCGCUUGCGGACAGCACCACUCGCUGGCUACGGACGGUAACGGACGGCUGUACUCUAUCGGACGUACGGAUUACGGAAGGUUAGGUCUGGGCGAGAGGGCGGAGGAUGCGGAGGUUCCGGAAGUGGUGCCCAAGUUGCAGAGCAAGAGGUGCGUCAGCAUAGCUGCCGGCAUCGCCAACUCCUUCGCCGUCACCGACACUGGUGAGGUAUUCUCUUGGGGUAUGGGCAGCGAGGGCCAGCUGGGCACUGGCGCGGCGGCGGACGCCAGCGAGCCCACCGCGCCAGUCGCGCCCCACGCCAGCGCGCCGCUCGCUGUCUCCGCGGGGGGACAGCACACUGUCCUACUACUGGAGGAAACAAAAGAGUUAUCACCGCCUCCAGAGAAUAAAGCAGAAAUAGAAACGCAAGAAGAGACGACAGAAGAGCAGGAGACGGAAGAGAAGAAGCGGCCGGCGAAAAGACAGAAGAAGCAAGAACAAGAUGAAGAAAUAUCCUCAACAUCGACUGCGCAGUCCGCGGAAGCGAAACCGGAGAAAGUAAACGGAGGUGAACAGAAGGAGAAUGCAAUGGAAGUAGACGAAACUGAUAAGCCAGAUGAUAAACCAGAAGACAAAAAGCAGGAACAAGAAGAGAAUGAAACAGAACAAGCGAAAGACAUCCCCGAUACGAUGGAUACAUCAAGUCAGGAAACAACGGAUAGUGAAUCCAAAAUGGAUACAAAUAGUCAGUCGGUACAGAACAUGGAUACAAAUAGACAGGAUUGUAUACAAGCUGACAACGCCUUGACUACCUCCGCGUGAUCCCUCGGAUACUGGAUAGUCGCCACUAAGGGACACACUUAGGCUCUGUCCCACCUAAUUGUCAUCCAAUGUGUAAAAUAUGUGGAAAUAUCAGAUUUUGUUAUAUCUGAUGACGUCAUUUAUCUGAGUCUUUAUCAGCCAGGUGGGAUAGGCCCUUAGUGUAGUUUAAUGUCAUUUAUUAUGUAUUUAAAUCCAGGGGUCAGUAAUUCAAUAGUAAUGGGAAAUAUUUCUAAUUGAUAAUUUUUUGUCUAUUUUUUGGAAUAUUCAAGUAUUUUAAAUUGUAUGAUGUGUUUUUUUUAAUAAAUUUAGAAAGUAUAAUUUUUCAUUUAUAUCGAAAUUAAGUAAAUAAAUGUUUAAAUUCGUUGUAAAAUCUUAUUUUUACGAAUAAACAGUUAAAAAAAAACUUAUUAUAACUAAGUAAUAUUUAUUUAAAGGAAAAUAUUGUUGCGUUUCAAAAACUUUGGUAUCAAAUAAAUUGUUGCUGACCCCUGGUAUGAAAUAAUCGUGUAAUCUACACUAAGGGAAGUACUAAUUGUCCAUUCAAUUGUGAAUAUAGUAGAGAUUUAAUACAAAAUCUUUACUAAUCAACUUUUAGUGUUCUGGCAUUAAAUCUACACUAAGGCGUUCCCUUAGUGAAAUAAGCCUUUGAGUCAGUGUAAAAAACUUUGAAAAUGUUUCACUCAGUAAUAAAUAUAUGAAAUGGUUAAACGUUAUCAAAUGGCAGACAUCAAAAGGGUAUAGGCAGAAUGUAUAGUUUGAUAUUAAAUAUAAAAAUCCACCCUAAAAC